AUAUGGUUAAUGUAUAGGCUAACAGUUACACAUUCUCUCUAUAGCCUACGCAUUUCCUUUCACACCCCCCUACGUUUGUUUUUUAUCAAUUUAGGCCUAUCGUUAUUAUCGUUACACCAUUUCGAAUAGCAUAUUAAAACAUGUUAUAACCAACAAGGACAUGUGUUAUUGCACUGUAGCAUACAUUAAAUGUGUGUAAACCAUUUAUCCAAUUAAGGGGACAUUUGCUGCAGUCUCAGGUAAACCGAGAAACAGGCAUUCCUCCUGAAUAUUACUUUUUUGACGUUUUUUCUGUCAACAUUUACAAAACAACAUUUUUCAGAUCUGUGAUUCUGACAGAAAUGUGAAGAGAUAAUGUUGUGUGGUCAAUCCACCCUAAGCCAAAUGUUGUCUUUUAGGACAGUCAAAAGUAAACAAUUAAAAUAUAUACAUGAAUGAAUGAGCUUAACAAAAGUGCGCUGGGCCCCUUUCUCCACUGAAAGGAACAACUGAUAUUCUGGCUGGCAUUCAAAAUUACACCUCACAUAUUGAUGGAGUGUACUGAUAGGGAACAAAGGAGUGCGUGCACAUCACAAGAGUGCAGGUGCUGCUGGACCAAAUACCGGCUUCACUACACCCGGCUGCCCAUGCUGAGAAAACCAGUGAGGUGAUGUCAACAACUUCCUUCAUCUGAAAAACCACAUCCCCUCACGAGUCAACUCACGGCUUUUCUUAGUAAGCUUUGCUGACAGAAGAACAAGAAAAAAAAGGGGAGAAAGAUGAAGAAGUAGAAGAAAAAGAAAAGUAGAAGACUGAGAAAAAUAUGAGUUGUAAUGACUUUGGUGUUGAAUAUAAUGAAUGAGAAGAAGAAGAACAUGAAGAUGAUGAUGGUGAAGAUGGGAUUUUGGUGAUGUAUAGUUGUGCUCUCAUUCUCUGUUAAUUAACAUAAUAACCUCCUUAUAGUAGCAUCACCGAGGGUCUGCACCAUUAAAGCGUGUGGUUACGCUGACAGUGGAGGGGUUGGUCACAGCAUGACCACAUGUUAUUUCUCAGAGUGAAGCAGCAGCUCUCAGCCUGAAACCUUUUAUAUAUAUAUAUAUAUAUAAUGCUGCAGAGAUGAUUCUGGAGGGCCGUUAGUUGAUUUGAGUCUGAUCUGAAAUGAAAAUGAGUAACCUGACUAGAAGUUUGCUAGUUGAUAGUGAGUCAGGCCAUUUGCGGGACAUCGAGGGGAGAGGGUCACAUGAGGGGAUGGCUGCUCAGUGAAAAUUCAGGUCAAGCCACAAAAGAAGAAGAAGAAAAAAGCAGUUCACAGCGCUUAUAAUUUUGGGUUGUCUUAGACAGAGACAGUGGCGGAGAAAGAGAGAGAGGGAGAGAGAGAGACCAAACAAAAGAUACGCCAGUCCUUAAGAACCCUGCUGACGACGCACUAUAGCCCGUUUUUUUGUUUAUCUCGCUUUAUCUGGGCGCCACUGGCAAAUACUGUCACCUCCCUUAACCCACAUGACAGCUAACAGCGAGUUAUCAGAUGAGUGAUCACCAUUUUGAAGUUGUUCUGCAUUUGAGUCAGAGGCUUAAGGAGAAACAAGACCCUCAGUUAGUGUAGAAGGUAACACAAAUGUAGUGGGGGAGGGGGGGGGGGGGUUAGUACCACUCUAGACUGUUUUGGAACGUUUAGGCUCAAUAAUCAGUUAAGAGUCAAAAUAUAGAGAGCCUGUGCUGCUCAUGGAAACAGUCUGGGGGAGGUGAAGUGGAGCUUGGAGGGCGCUUGCUUAGGUGCACUGUAGACAUGGUAGAGAUCAGUGGGGUCCCAGGGAGCUUUUGAGAGUUCAUAAAUGACUCAUCACUUGACAUUUCUGAUAAAGGAGUAAAAUGUGACUGCGAGAUAGCUCCAACUGUCAUACCUACUCAAUCUCACUCAGGGGUCUGGAUGAUCUGCUCUGUGAUCCUCUUCUUCGGCUGUACACAGGGUAAGGCCUGGGUUCCUCUCUCUUCCCUGGGACCUCAUUUCAGACUGUUUUGAUUAUCACACUGAUUGUGGGUGUCUGCUAUUUCUUUGGUAUAUUAAAACUGAGGAGACCCCUUACAUGGUGGUCACAUUUUGUUCAAGUGGUUUACAUUUAUAUGAAUUUAAUUUAAUUCACAGAGAGCACAGAUAGCCCGACAGACAACGUGACCCGACAGACAACGUUUGAAAUGUGUGUAGACAUUGGUGCCAAUGUCUAUACAAGUCAGUUUUUGUUCUGAUGAAUGGGCUGUGCUUAGCUAAUAGCUUAGCUGCUUCUGAUCAGGCUGGAUGAUUUCUGUUGGAUGUGUUGGAGAAACUACGUAAAAAAAACGAAUACCAAAAUGCAUUGUAAUUGGUGUCUUUCCUGCUUUUGGAUGUGGGAAGACAGUGUGUCUUAAGACGGAUGGUGAUUGCUGAUAGUGUACCUAUAAGGACUGAGCACUAAAUCUUCGUCCUGUGAAGCUGUGCCCGGCACCUGGUGUUGAAGAGGUAACUUUGGAGGGGUGAAGACCCAAAGGUCCGAAGAUGAGGGUCUUCUGGAUUAUUGUUCUCCUGUGGAACCUCAACCUCCCCUUCCUCCACUCACUCACUUGUGAUGAGCGCAAAGAGUAUCAAUGGCCUUCUGGAUCUCCCAACAAGUGCUGCAACAAAUGCAAACCAGGUGAGAUCAUGGCAGCUAGAUGCCACAAAGGGUCCAGAAAUACAGAAUGCAAGCCGUGCAGCAAAGGAAUGUAUAUCAGUGUGUACAAUGCCUUGUCGCGUUGCGAUGCAUGCCAGACUUGCGGACCUGGCCAGGAGGAGCUCAAAGCUUGCACUACAUCGACAAACACUGAGUGUCGCUGCAUGCCGGGUCACAGGUGCAUAGAUGCUGACUGCUCAUACUGUGUAGAAGAGAGACCAAAAGUAACAACUACAACUAUAACUACCCCCCCAACAACUACAACCGUGUCAACAACUACAGAUGUCAAACAACCAGAAUGGACAACUCUCGCCAAAGAGCCAGAUGGUGCAGCAGUGCUUCUUCCAGUGGUGUUGAUAGUCUGCGUGUGCAUUCUCCUCCUCAUCAUUGCCACUCAGCUCAGAAAGCUGGAGCCACUUGGUUGCUGCACAUUUGAUGAUUCGUCAUCAAAGGACACACAGAGUACAGAAGAAGAGACUUUGCGCUUGCCUGAAGUGUGUACAGACCUCCAGGAAGUAUGGAUAAAAGAUGGAUCCGAUCAUCUCAAUUGACAAGUGACAGAGGGAAUUUUGUGUUGAACAUAAACAUUGAAUUAUAUUCUAAUACACACACACACACACACACACACACACACACACACUGAGACAGACACACUUGCACGCACGCACGCACGCAUACACUCAUGCGCACAUGCAAAUGUAAAUGUAAAAUGUAAUGUAAAAUGAUAAGUUAGAGGUUAUCCUGUAUCUGUUUUCUUUCAAUUGUGACACUGUCUUCAGAAUGUCAAUUAAUUUCUGACAUUUGCACUAAGUUCUCUUCACGAUAGUACAAUUGCAUACCAAUUUGUGACCUUUUUUCCGGUGUAUAAUUCAACCAUUGCUUUGUGAAUUCCUUUCAAAUGAAUGGCCCUACAGAAACAAUGUUUUCAAUGUAAAAAAAAUAUUUUAGGUCACUCUGCCCAUAGACUAUCUUCAGAUGCUCAGAUGAUCAACAAACUAUCUGUUGACACUCUGUUAACUGCAAUCUAUGGUUAGGGGAUAGGGGUUGGAUUUGGUUAAGAUGAUGUUCAGUACUGUAAUUGUUCAACAAUAUUUUUACAUACGGAACUUGAAUGUCAAUAGAUGAUCUCUGAAGUCUCUGUGGGUUGACUAUCCAAGUCAAAGUGUUCAAUCAAUGUGUUACCUAAUUGUAUUAUAGCUACACUAUAUCAAGCCCUUGGUGAUCUAAGAAUGCCAGUGGUAAACAGAGGACAAAGAAUAUGUUACCUCACCAAGGAUAGGUUCGG